UGUGGAAAGUAAAUAGCAGUAUAAAUCAGGACGGGUAGUAUUUCAACAGUAUGACAAGUCUGUUGUUCCCUGCAACAAUAUCAGUAGCUGGCCUCAAAUAUAGCAUGAAGCAAAAAGCGUUACAACACAUAUGUUGGUACCACUUUAUAUAAUAUUUCUUAUGAUCUUCAAAAAUGAAAUACGUUUGUAUUCAACGUGUGCCUUGCACAAACUUGUGUGUUUGUAUUCAGUGUGGGACUGUCAAAACUCAGACGGACCAACAAAAAAGUGGGCGGGGUCAAACGUCGAGUCCGGCCCCAAACUGCACACUGCAGUCAGGGAUACUUGGCGCAGACUAACAUUCCAAUUCAACGGGUCAGCACCUGACGUCAUUCUCUUGGUAACAACGUGUGUUGUGGUUGCCGAGUUGUUUAAUAGUGCAAUCACAAAGUUUCAUUGCAAAUAUGCCAAAAAAGAAUGGAAAGAAAAGCGGAGAUAAAUCAACCAAAAAAGAGAUCAUUGGAUUUGGAGACAAAACGUGUUUUGACGACGCAUUGUCUGAAGGUGGAAAAGAUUUCUACCGGUCGCAGAUACGAGACUUGGAGGAACAAUUGGAAAAAUAUCAGCACAAAUGUGAUGAGUUGGAGGUGCAACAGAAGGACUUCUCCUCUCAGUAUUUCACAGUUGAGAAGGAGAAGAAAGACAUUGUGCUCUACCUGAAGCGCUCGCUGGCCCAGAAGGAGGAUGAGCUCACAGACUUGUUGGAGAGACUGGUGGGACUGCAGCAGGCCAAGGAUGCUGAGAAGGACUCCUUUGAGCUGCAGCUCAGUCAACUUCGCCAAGAGUUCCAGGAGAACAAGGACAAGCUCACCUCAGAGAACAUGGUCCUUGCGGGUAAGCUAGCAGCUCUCGAGGAGUUCCGUGUGCAAAAGGAGGAGCUGAUGGCCCACUUGGAAGGCCUGGAGGAGCAGCUUGGGAAGCAGAGACAGGAGCACCACACAGUCAUCUACAGCCUGGAGAGGAAGGCUGUGCUGGACAAUGACAGACUAAAGAAGGAGAUGCAGCAGCACGUGGCAGCGGUGGCAGCCGAGUUUCGGCGCGUGUCGGACAGGAAGAUGCCAGAGACGACCAUGAGGGCCAUCCACGAGAAUGUGUCUGUGACGGCCCAGCUUAGUCAGCUGUCAGACAAGAGCAAGCAGCUGCUGGAGGAGAACGAGGAUCUGAGGGAUAAAGAGAAGCAUAUCCGCAGAGAGAUGGAGGUCCUGGAGCCCUUGUUCAACAAGAUGACCCGUAAGAGCCUCAGCAACCAGAAGGUGAUCCAUCAGCUCACAGAGAAGUGUAAGCAGAUGCAGGCUGAGCUGGAAGAGUAUGCUAGGGCUCAAGAGGAGCAUCAACAACUGCAGAAGGAUCAUGUUGUACUGCUGGCAGAGAUGCAUGCCCUAAGGCAGGUGCAGGCCUCUCUGUUGGAGGAGACAGGGAGGAACUGUGCCGAGGCAAACAGGCUGGGGAGAGCGCUGGAGGAGGAGAGGGACGUGAGAGGACAACUGGAGACCAUCCUACAGGCGGCUGCAUUCGCCCUGAAACAGGCCCUCAUGGAGGUGCCUAAAGAGGAGGACUCUGAGGUGAAGACUCUGGUCCGGAGGAACCAAAUGAUGCAGAAGCUGUUGGCUGUGUUGGACAGUGCUGCUCUGUUGGGGAAAGGGCCUGCCAUGAAGGACUUCAUCCCAGAGGGAGACUCCCUCCACGAGCUCAAGACCGGCCCUGGCCCAGGAAGAUCAUCAGGGCUUAUUGGUCCUCUUCUCAAGGACACCACCCAGCUGUCUCACUUCAAGACAGGAGACCUGGGCCUCGUACCGCGACGGACACAUAACUACAACAACAUCCUGUCCAAGAUGGGACCCCUCUCCAAGAGCACCCGCCUUCAACUGCACAGGAAAGUCUCACCACCACAGAAGAGGACCAGCCCAUCCAAACCCUCUGGUCCAGCUCCUCCAUUCAGGGACCCUCCCAGAGGGAGCCUGCUUUCCCCCCACAGGCCCUCUCCAACCAGGGGCAGCGCCGCUGAACCCAUCCUCAGAUAGGCAGGACUGGGACUGGGAUUUAAACCCCUUUUAAUGGGACAUUUCAACAAAAAAUAAAUGUUGCUACAUGGUUAUGCUCACUUUUUGGAAAGACAUGACUAAUUCUGUUUCUUUUCCAGCCACUAGGUGGCAGGAGCAACUCUUAAAAUAUGUUGUACUGAAGCAGACAGACCAGACACUAUAAUUUUAUCUCUAGAAAUCUAAUAAAGGCUCUGUUAUUUUGUGUUAUGAUUUAGGUCAAAUUUAUUUGGAGACUAAAACCAAACAAUAAACAUUAGAAAUGUAUACUCAAAAUAAUAAAGGUGAUACUGUAACAAAGCCAAUUGUCCAUCUACUAAAUCCAGUAUGUAGUUCAUGAAGUAAUAAACAGAGGAAAAUACUUUAAAAAUGCUGAUCUUUAUAAGGCUGAUUUUACAAGGUUCAAUGGUUGUUAUGAGGACAGAAUGUGGGCUGUUGUACUGUACAUCUUUUACAUUAAGUGAAGUCUGGUGUUUGACAUUGUCAAAGUCUCUAUAAUGCAAAUAAACAAAGUCUAUGAGGACAUCUGGUUUAUCAAAUUAAAUUGGGCCCAUCACUGCAUUACCAUCUACCUUUUGAGAUGUAAGCUUGUUAAUUUAUUAGGGUUACAUUUUCACUUGUUCAGACGAAUAAAAGCUGUCAUUGCACACCAUGUACACUA